AUGACGCCGGCGGAGAGGGUGGUGAGGCAGGGCGUGACCUACCAGGCCUAUACUCGCCCCAAGGAGUGGACGGUGGAGGAGGCCUUCAUUUCCAGCUCCUGCCUGGUGAGCAGACGCAGUGCAUCCUGGCAGCCGGGCGAUUUGCGCAUGUGCUUCUCCAAAGCUUCUCUGACACGGAUGUCCGUCUUGGCAGCUGUGCGAAAGACCGGCGACAGAUUCUCCCUCAUCGUGUCGCGAGACCAGUUGCGCGCGAAGACGGAGCUGCGGUCUCAUCAGACGCAGGGCUACCGCAUGGUAAAGGAUGAGAUCAUGAGCUUGGAGGAGCUGUUGGAAGCAGAGAAGGCUUCAAACAC